GUUAUGGUAUCAGAGCAGUAGCUCUAGAAGGAUUUUUUUUGCUUCUUCAUAUUUCUUCUUUCAUCUUCAUAUUUUUUUUGAUCUUCUGCUUCGAAAAUGGGAGAUGCCACGUUAGCUGUUGAGAAAGACUCAUCUGGAGUCAUCACUGGUUCUGAAAAAUUAGAUCCUUCAAAUCCUCUCUUCCUCAACUCAGCAGAUUCACCUGGCAUGAAUCUCAUUAAUAUGAGUUUUGAUGGAACCAACUAUGGAAACUGGAGAAGAGGAGUUCUCAUCUCACUUUCAGCUAAAAACAAACUUGUUUUUAUCAACGGAAAGUAUCCUAAACCUACUGCUAACGCACCUUUAUUCACUCAAUGGGUAAGAUGCAAUGAUAUGGUCAUAGCUUGGCUACUAAACUCCUUGAGUAAGGAUAUUGCAGAGAGCGUGAUUUACUCACAAACUGCAGAAGAGCUAUGGAAGGAACUAGAGCAGAGGUAUGGUCAAUCUGAUGGAACCAAGAUGUUCCAGUUGCAAAGGGAUCUCAGUAGCAUUUCCCAGGGAACUUCUGAUAUUGCUAGCUAUUUCACAAGGUUGAAAAGAAUUUGGGACCAAAUGAAAGAGCUGAACACUUUUAUGAACUGUAGUUGUGAUUGCAGUUGUGGUGCUAAGGAGCACAACUUCAAAAUGAAUGAAGAUCAGCAGCUCAUUCAGUUUCUAAUGGGUUUGAACGAGGUCUAUUCAAGUAUCCGAGGCAACAUAUUAAUGAUGAAACCUUUGCCAACCACUGCAUAGGCUUAUUCACUCAUCCUUCAUGAGGAGAGGCAAAGAGAGGUACACUCUGUGCUUAAGGUAACUCCUGACUCUGCUGCUUUUAAUAUUGCAGCAACAAGAACCUUUGCACAAAAGACAGGUAAUGAGUCUAGAAGAGACUAUGUGAACAAUGGCAAUUUCUGUAGCUACUGUAAGAAACCGGGGCAUGAGAAGGAUAAAUGUUUUAGAUUACAUGGAUUUCCUGCAAAUUUUAAGUUCACUAAGCCUAGGAGAAUCUCUAGAUAUAGACCAGCGAAUUGUGUAGCAACAGAGGACGGAAAUGCUUCAGGAUCUUCCUUUGGUUCAGGUUCUUCUUCUCAGGGAUUCACCAAGGAACAAUGUGGCCAACUAUUUCAAAUGUUACAAACAAUGUAGGCUGGAAACUCAAUUGCUCCAGGUUUUGAAGUCAAUGCAACUGCUAAUUUUGCUGGGCCUUUCAAUGAAGAGUCACCUGAUUUUUGGUGAAGUAUCUGCAGGCCUUUAUGUGCAUCUAUUGGAGGAUAACAUAACUCAACCAAAGAUUUUCAAGUCUAAUGUUCCUGUUUCUACUAUAUUUUCGUCUUCCGCUCCUAGAAAUCAUAUGAGUCCUAUCAAUGUUAUCAAGUUAAAUUCUGUUAAGUCUUUUUGUCCAAGUUUUGAGUCUGUAGCUGGCAAUACUUCUUGCCCUGAAGUUUCUACUAUCAAUAAAAAAUGUUUUGUUUCUAAGAA